AUGUCCGUUCGUCGGAGUAAAGCCAUGCCAACCGACGGCCCAACGGCCAAAUUCUUAUACACCAUCAUCAAGCAGCUGGAUCUCAAAUCGAUUGACUGGAACUUAGUAGCCUCACAGCUCGAAAUCUCCAACGGCCACGCCGCCCGAAUGCGCUUCUCCCGCUUCAAGCAGCAAAUGGAAGGCAUCACGUCGACACCGCGCGCCUCGAAACCGAAGAAGACCACCAAAACCAGUAGCAAUAAGGGAGUCAGCAAGCCUGGCUUGGAGAUAGGAGUGGUUUCGCCCCCACCUGCGCCGCCAGUCAAGCAAGAGAUGGAAACCGGGACGGAGACGGCGUACGAUCCGGGUCAGAGUCCGUAUAUCAAGACAGAGGCGGAACCGUAUCUACAGAGGAUCCCAACGUUGGAGGAUGCUUCUGUGCCGUCUAUGCUGUAUACGAGGCCGUUGCAGGCGUUUCGUCCGCAGCAGCAGUUUUAUUCAUCGGCAUCGCAGUACCCAUCCUACGCAUAUUCUCCAUACAGCACAUACACCCCAUAUUCGCCAAUGACUGUUGCUCCAACGGAUCUGUCUAUGUCUACGAAAAUAUCACCAUUUUCUUCGCCAAUUUCGAUAGGAUUUGAAAUGCCAUCGAGCGCGUCUUCUGUGUGGACAGUGAAGGAUGAAGGGGAGGAUGGAGAGUCGAAUGAGCCGGUCAAGUUGGAGGGAGGGCAGGAGAAGUAG